AUCAAACAUAGGACACACUCCAACAACCGAAAUGGCAUCCUCGAAAAUUCUCCUCGUAGCUCUUCUCAUGAUCGCCGCAGUGUCUUGCGCGCCUAGCUUCAUCAAACCUGUGACAAGGAUCGUACAUUAUCACAGUGAGCCUGUGGCGCACUACGUCCAUGCGAGACAUUAUCAUCACGUCGAGCCGGUGCACUACGUCCAUCCCCAUUAUCACCACCAUCAUCAUCACGAAGAGGUCGUAGUAGACCACCACCACCACCAUGAACACCUCCACGAUUCCCCUGAAUACGACCAUCACUACCACCACUGAAUAUAAACUAAAAGCGUCAUGUUUAUAUAAAUAUAUGUACUGCGUAUUACACUAUGAA